AUGAGGAUACCUCACACCUAUUUCUAUUCUAAAUAUGAUUCAAUAGUCUACAAAAUCUCUACUGUUGAUUUACCGUCACUAAUGCAGCCCCCAAUAUUUUAUUGUGUACUAGUUUUCGAUCGAAAAAUGAUCGACCUUGUUAUCCCUGAUAUUGGCUUAAAUUUGUACUAUAUUUGUCUCUGGGAAACUGGAAUCACGGUUGGAUCAGGAUCUCAAACUGUAAUAAAUGACCAAUUUCUUUCUAAACCUAAUACCUUCAUUAACAACAUAGGAUUGAUUUCACCUAAAAUCGCGUUUAAUGAUAAGGUUGAUGAUCAUUUCAUUAUCAACAAAAUGGGAAAUAUCCACGAUUUCGAAUACUUUAACGCCACCCUGAAAUACGUCUCGAAAAUCAAGGAAGGUGUGGUAAAAGGGGUAUUCAGCAGUAAGGAGACACUGGAUAAAUUCUCUAAAUCGUUGUUUGGAGAAGUUAGGAACAUGGAUAGAACGUACAUAAUACUCAGACCGGAUUCCCACAUUUUAAAGUUUAAAACCUUAAGUGUAUAAUAUACCUAGUAAAC